AUGCCCCGGGGGGUGCUCUCCAGACCCUCCCUCCGCGGCGCCGCUCUGCCCGCCCCCGCCGCCCGUCUCGUUGGUAGGCGGAGGCGCGGCGGGGGAACCGGUGCUGACGUCACGGGCCGCGGGCCUGCGCGAGCGUCCCGGUACCGCCUCCGGUACCGCCUCCGCCCGGCCACCGUCCCGGGAAGCUCCCGGGCCCCUCGUUCCGCCUCGUCCCGCCGGGCCGCCCCUUUCCCGCCCCCCCCCCCCCCCCCUCCUCCUCCCCGCCCCGGGAUCCGGCAGAUGGCGGGGGAGCUGUGGGCGCGGCGGGGCCCGGGUUGGCGGGGCGGGAGGCCUCGGUUGCCGCCGUUCCUCGGGGUGUUGGGGAUGGUGUCGGUGGUGAUGUUGUUGUUGUCGUCGUCGUCGUCGACGAUCCCGGCGCUCCCGGGGUUCGGCCCCGCCGCCGCUUUGGCCACCGAGGAGGUGGGGAAGGAAUGCGACAAACCCUGUGCCAACGGCGGGCGGUGCCAGCCCGGCAGCGGGCAGUGCGAGUGCCAGCCCGGCUGGGUGGGCGACCAGUGCCAGCACUGCGGGGGACGCUUCAGACUCACUGGACCUUCAGGUUAUGUUACAGAUGGGCCUGGAAAUUACAAAUACAAAACAAAAUGCACCUGGCUCAUUGAAGGAAGGCCAAACACCAUCCUCAGGCUUCGAUUCAAUCACUUUGCCACAGAGUGCAGCUGGGACCACUUGUAUGUGUAUGAUGGAGAUUCAAUUUAUGCUCCCUUACUGGCAGCUUUUAGUGGUCUUAUUGUUCCUGAGAAAGACAGCAAUGAAACAGUACCAGAAGUUGUAGCUACUUCUGGCUAUGCCCUUCUGCAUUUCUUCAGUGAUGCUGCCUAUAAUUUGACAGGGUUUAACAUUACAUAUAAUUUCAAUAUGUGUCCCAAUAAUUGCUCUGGACGAGGGGAGUGCAAACUCAACAACAGCAGCAAUGCUCUGGAGUGUGAAUGUGCCAAAUUCUGGAAGGGAGAAGCCUGUGAUAUUCCCUACUGCACAGAUGGCUGUGGGGCACCUGAGAGAGGACAUUGCAACUUCAAUGACACCAAGGCAUGUUCCUGCUCAGCAGGCUGGCAAGGUCCUGGCUGCUCAAUUCCUGUUCCUGCAAACCAGUCGUUUUGGAGCCGGGAGGAAUACUCACAUCCAAAACUUCCCAGAGCAUCUCACAAAACUGUAAUCCAUGACAAUAAAAUGUGGAUUGUUGGAGGCUAUGUCUUCAAUCAUUCUGACUCUCAGAAGGUUUUAGCGUAUGAUCUUAUUUCUGAAGAGUGGCUUCCACUUGCCAAUACUGUGAACUCUGUGGAGAUGAGAUAUGGUCAUUCUUUGGCAUUGUAUAAGGAUGAUAUAUACAUGUAUGGAGGGAAAAUAGAUGCAACAGGGAAUGUGACCAGCCAGCUGUGGGUGUUCAACAUCCCCACCCAGACCUGGACUCAGAGGGCACCCAAAGCCAAGGAGCAAUAUGCUGUUGUGGGCCACUCUGCACACAUCGUCACCCUCCGAGACAACAGCACGGUCAUGUUGGUCAUCUUUGGGCACUGUCCUCUCUAUGGAUACAUCAGCAAUGUCCAGGAGUACAACCUGGCCACACAGACGUGGAACAUCUUACAGACGAGCGGAGCUUUGGUGCAAGGAGGGUAUGGUCACAGCAGUGUUUAUGAUCCAAACACAAGAUCAAUUUAUAUCCAUGGAGGUUACAAAGCAUUCAGUGCCAACAAAUACAGGCUGGCAGAUGACUUGUACAAAUAUGAAGUUGAUUCCCACAUGUGGACUAUCCUGAAAGACAGCAGAUUUUUUCGCUACCUGCACACGGCUGUGAUCAUGAGUGGGACCAUGCUGGUGUUUGGAGGCAACACCCACAAUGACACCUCCAUGAGCCACGGGGCCAAGUGCUUCUCUUCAGACUUCAUGGCAUAUGACAUCGCUUGUGACCGCUGGGCUGUUCUGCCUCGCCCGGGGCUCCAUCACGACGUGAACAGGUUUGGACAUUCUGCUGAGCUCUACAACAGCACCAUGUAUGUCUUUGGAGGCUUCAACAGCCUUCUCCUGAGUGACAUUCUGAAGUACACACCUGAGAGAUGUGAAGCUUUUGACAACCAAACAGCCUGCUUGCAAGCAGGUCCUGGUGCCAGGUGUGUGUGGGCUGCCACCCCUCCUCGCUGCAUCCCCUGGGAAAUGGCAACCGUAGAGCAGCAGCAAAAGGUCUUUGAGGACUGUCCUCCCAAGCCAGUUGUAGACAAUGAAAAAUGUGAUCAGAUUACAGACUGCUACAGCUGUACAGCAAACACAAACAACUGUCAGUGGUGCACUGACCAGUGUAUCUCAAUGCACAACAACUGCUCAGAGGACCAGGUCCCCAUUACUCUAUAUGACAACUGUCCUAAGGAUAACCCUGCCUAUUACUGUAACAAAAAGACAAGUUGUAAAAGCUGUGCCUUGGAUCAAAACUGUCAGUGGGAACCUAGGAAUCAGGAGUGCAUUGCUUUGCCAGAAAACAUCUGUGGGACAAACUGGCAUCUGGUGGGCAACUCCUGCUUGAAAAUCACAAAUGCAAAGGAGACUUAUGAUCAUGCCAAGCUCUCCUGCAGAUCCAAUGGUGCUUCCCUGGCUUCCCUCACCACCCAGAAAAAGGUGGAAUUUGUUCUAAAGGAGCUGCAAAAGAUGCAAUCUUCGCCCAAGACGUUGACUCCAUGGGUUGGACUGAGGAAAAUCAACGUGUCCUACUGGUGCUGGGAAGACAUGUCCCCCUUCACCAACACCCUUCUCCAGUGGCUUCCUGAUGAGCCAAGUGAUGCUGGAUUUUGUGGUUAUUUAGCUGAACCUUCCCAGCAGGGUCUGAAGGCAGCAACCUGCAUCAACGAAGUCAAUGGCAGUGUCUGUGAAAGGCCAGCCAACCACAGUGCCAAGCAGUGCCGCACGCCCUGCGCCCUCCGCACCCUCUGCGGGGAGUGCACCAGCGGCAGCUCCGAGUGCAUGUGGUGCAGCAACAUGAAGCAGUGUGUGGACUCCAAUGCUUACGUGGCCUCCUUCCCCUAUGGACAGUGCAUGGAGUGGUACACCAUGAGCAGUUGUCCCCCUGAAAACUGCUCAGGCUACUGCACGUGUGCUCACUGCUUGGAGCAGCCUGGCUGUGGCUGGUGCACUGAUCCCAGCAACACUGGGAAAGGGAAAUGCAUCGAGGGCUCUUACAGGGGACCAGUCAAGAUGCCAGCCCCAUCUGGAGCUGGGAAACACAGCCUGGAGCCUGUCCUCAACAUCAGCAUGUGCCCUGUGGAGAACAACUAUAACUGGUCCUUUAUUCAGUGCCCAGCCUGCCAGUGCAACGGGCACAGUAAGUGUGUAAAUGAAAGCAUCUGUGAGAAGUGUGAAAACCUGACAACUGGGAAACACUGUGAAACUUGCAUCUCAGGCUUCUACGGGGACCCCACCAAUGGAGGGACCUGUCAGCCUUGCAAGUGCAACGGGCACGCGUCUGUCUGCAACACAAACACAGGGAAAUGUUUCUGCACCACCAAGGGAAUAAAAGGAGACGAGUGUCAACUGUGUGAAGUCGAAAAUAGGUAUCAGGGAAAUCCACUUAAAGGAACGUGUUACUAUACCCUGCUCAUUGACUAUCAGUUCACCUUCAGCCUUUCUCAAGAGGAUGAUCGCUAUUACACAGCAAUCAAUUUUGUAGCAACACCUGAAGAGCAAAACAGAGACCUGGACAUGUUUAUCAAUGCAUCUAAAAACUUCAACCUCAACAUUACUUGGUCCACAAGUUUUGCAGCUGGCACGCAGGCUGGGGAGGAAAUUCCAGUUGUUUCCAGAACCAAUAUAAAGGAAUACAAGGACAGCUUCUCCAAUGAGAAAUUUGAUUUCCGCAACAACCCAAACAUCACUUUCUUUGUCUACGUCAGCAAUUUCACCUGGCCCAUAAAAAUACAGAUUGCAUUCUCACAGCACAGCAACUUUAUGGACCUGGUACAGUUCUUUGUGACAUUUUUCAGUUGUUUCCUGUCUUUGCUCCUGGUGGCAGCUGUGGUUUGGAAGAUUAAGCAGAGUUGCUGGGCAUCCCGACGAAGAGAGCAACUGCUCCGUGAGAUGCAGCAGAUGGCCAGCCGCCCCUUCGCCUCCAUCAACGUUGCCUUAGAAACAGAUGAAGAGCCACCAGAUCUCAUUGGGGGAAGCAUCAAGACCGUACCGAAGCCGAUCGCGCUGGAGCCCUGCUUUGGGAACAAAGCUGCUGUUCUCUCCGUGUUCGUGAGGUUGCCACGAGGGCUGGGGGGGAUACCACCACCAGGACAGUCAGGUCUUGCAGUGGCCAGUGCACUGGUGGACAUUUCACAACAGAUGCCAAUUGCCUACAAAGAGAAAUCGGGUGCAAUACGAAAUCGGAAACAACAGCCCCCUGCACAGCCAGGAACCUGUAUUUGAUGCAUGGACAUCAGAAACUGUUUAGGGUUUUAAAACAAAAGGGGAAAAGGAAUACCCAGGAGGAAGAGGAGAAGGCUUUCCAAGUUGUGUCACAAGAGACUGGAAGCGCUCGGGAAAAAAACACGACUUCCUUGAACCCAACUUUUUCUCUCAUCUACGUGCUAGUUGGCUUUCUUUGACAACUGCUCCACUUAAGUUUUACUGACACGUGGCUUCAGAUUGCUCCUUUGUUUACUUCAAGUUUAAAAGUAAAAUAAUUUUCUUGCAGGUCCAGUAACAUCUGGUUGCCUCCAUCCAUGGUCAGUGUAAAUAGAACAGCAGCCCAAUAUGAAUGACACUCAGGUUUCUACAUGGAAAGUGCUUUGUAGUUCAUGUGUUUAUCAGACUGUACAAAGAGAAAAAAAAAGAUGCAGUGUUUACAGGUGUCAGCUCUCAACACAUAAACACUACUAUUAAUCUUGAAAGCAUCUCCAUCCUUUGUUUUCAUUGAAUAAUCUGUGUUUAUUUCCUCGUUCCUUAAGGGGAACUCUCUUCCAGAUACAGUCAGCAUGAUCCACAGCACCAGGAAUACAAAAGCUGGGAUGGUUUUGCAAGGUGGAUGCAAUACCUGGAGAAGCUGAGUGUUGGUUUUGAAGGACUAGGUGUUUACACAGUCUUAACCUGCUUGGAGUACACCACACACAAGUGCCUAGACUUGAACAGAUCUAGGGAGUGAGGAGACUGCUGCAUCUGUUUCUUUUUAACAUGGUUAUGUUCCUUUUGAGUAUAUGUAUGCACACAUAGAGACUCACCCAAGGCAGUCUGUGUUCUUUGUAAUAUAUCACAUGCAGUCAGGGAAAAAAUGGCAUUUUCCUGACCAACAAACCACUCAACCAGGUGGAAAUAUCCGGAGGGAAAGCAGAGUUUCUGCAUCUCAUAAGAAAACUCCCGUUUUCACCAGGGCUUUUUAAUAGAAAAGGUUUGUUUUCCAGGUCAGAUCUAUUCUAUUUCUGAUUUUCUCUGCCCAUUUGGCUUCUUUCCCUCCCCUUUUCCUUCUGCCAUUCUUCUGAGUGAGAGCUGAGCUGUGCCCAGGGCUCAGAGGCUUUGCUCCUCUGCAGUAAGGUUUGCUCCAUCUCCUUACAGGGUGUCAGAAGCAAUAUUCCAGGUGCCAGAUCAUUUGAGAAUGAAGGAGAAAAAGAACUUCAAAUAAAAAAAAAAAAACAAAACAAGCAGAGCAGCCUCGUUUGGCCACAGGUUUGAGUUCUACAUGAUCAGUUACUGCUGUUUCCCAUUGGGCUUGGACUCUCUUAGAUGCUGAAGAAGGUGGCUUGUUGGUUGAAGGAAGGGACUUGCAAGCAGCAAGGAGAAGGUUUGGCUUUUGGGGGAUGAUAUCAAACCAUCUGAAGUACCUUGACUAGUUGGGAUUAUGCUUUGGGGUCUGAGAUUGGAUUUCACCCAUCAGUCAACCUCUGCCUGAUGGUGUCCAAUGGCUUCUGGAGUCUGGAACGUGCCAGGGCCACCUAAAAUUGUGGUGUGGGAAGAGGUUAUGGGAAGGUACCAAAUGAGGGGCCUAAUUGCUGCUUAAUCACAGUAAAUGUGGUUUCAUUCAGGUCACUGAGUUCCUGAGGAGGACACUUUGUGAUGAUGAAAUGGAGAAGUAACAAACCAAGGGGAGUGAUGGAAAACUCCUGACCAGGUAGCACCAAAAUGAAACCCAAGCCAACUGCAUCUUUUUUUUUUUUCAUUCUUUUCUCUUUUUUUCUUUUUUUUCUUUUUUUUUGUGCACAUUUUGGUGAUGGAUGGCAUGUCAGCCACUUGGUUUUCUUGGUGUUUUGUAUUUUGAAGAAGCUCUUGGGAGCAGGAGGACAUCACACCCUGAAUUGCUGCUUAUGUCUGGAUAGCAGUGGGGGGGGGGACACAGCCUGCUGGGUUAAAAACCAGGAGGAUUUAUCAUUUUGGUUCAAUGGGUCACUUAGCAAACACAACAGGACUGCAGGAAAAGCAAAUACUGUGGGGGGAAAAUGCAUUUUUUACAUCUAUUUAUAUGUAUGUGUGUUGAUAUGCAUUAAAAAAAAUGCAUUUGUUUUUAAUUAGAAACCUAAAAUGGAAAAAGAAAUUCUGGGAGGGAAAGGGGUGAGCUUUGCCUUUUAGUGUGAAGGGAUUCAGGCAAUUUAAGGUUUAACUGAUGCACCAUUUCCCUUGGACAGCUUCAUCUCCUGGAAAAAUGUUUCCUGUGUGCACAGGGCUAACCUGAGCUACAGAAACCAGGUUGGACCCAAAUCCCUCCCCUCUCACCCCAUGUGCUGCACAUCCUUAUGUUCAGAGAGGUCUUCUGGCCUCUGCCAGACUUUUUUUUGGGAGAAUUGCCAGCCCAAACUGAGGAAGUGCUGAAGCCUCCUUGUUCAGCUUCAAGUUGUUGAUUUGGUUUUUCUGAGCAGAAAUUUCUCUUGGAAUUAAUAGACCUGGAGGGGUGAUCAAUCUAAAUGGGUGAAAAAAAUAUAAAUGUGAGGUUUGGUUUUUAUUUUUUGUUUUUUUUUUUCAAGCUUGUCUCAUCUCACAAGCUUCUGGUGGAGUCUGCCCAGAAGUGUAGGCACCAAGUUAGGUGUCAGGUGUUGGAAAAAUGAGCAAAACUGAUCAAAGUUGGAGGUUUAGGAGAACCAAACCAAUGUAAAUAGAAAAAUGGGACUUUCUUUAUAUAAAUACACUGAAACAGCUCCUUUAGGAUGUAACUCUCCAUACUGAUGAGGGAAAAAGAGAACUCUCAUACAUAUCUGCUGCCAACAGUUUCAUCCCAGCUUAAAGGUAAAACAGAGACCAAGGUAGGAAUGGAUGGAGGGGGAAGAAGAAUUGCCAGUGGUUUAUCACCAGGCCAGUACCAAAAGUGAAAGAUUUGUGGGUUUAUUUCUUCUGGAGGUGUGUGGGGGGGAAAAACAACUUUAUUUCAUGGGAGAAUCUGUAAAUAAAUGAAAAAUAACAGGGAUUUUGCACUUGUACAUACCUAUCCAGUAGCGUGCAGAACACUGAGAGAUUUGAAGUGUACAUAAAGCAGAGAAAUAUUGAAUGUAUUUUUGAUGCAUUUUAAAAUGAUGUAUGAGUUUUGUCUUAAUAUCUUCUUCGUCUGAUGAUGAGUAUUAGAUAACUUUCCAGACCUUUAAAGAACCAUCAAAUUAUAGCCGUGAUAUCUUGCAGUAUAAAGCAGGGAGGCAGAACUUGCCUUUUAUUUAUUCAAAUGCAUUUCACUUAAAUGUUUAAGCGAAGGAAAAUACAGCUCUUCCAUUUGAAAGUGGUAAAAAAAAACCCCAACACUUGAAGGCAGGUAAUAAAUGUACUUGAAGUGGUCGUUACUUGGAGGAUUAAGUCAGCAGUUUGAGCCUCUACCAUUAACGUGGUGCCAGUGAUUUCCAGUCUAAAUCACUAUUUCCCAGUGGUUUAGAACUGGCUGAAAUUCAGCACUCCAGGUCUCAGCCCUCAGAAUUUUUCUGUUAGCCUCUAAAAAAAAAAAAAAUUAAUUAAAAAUAGGAAAUAUUGGAGCCUUUUUAUUCCAGAAAGCAACCAUUGGACCUCCAAAUAACACUUUAUUUUAUUUUUUUUUCUCACCCUUUUCCAUUGUUUUUCUUUGUUUGGGGUUUUUUGGUUUGGUUUGGUUUUUGCUCACCCUUUUCCAUUCUUUUUUUUUUUAUUAUUAUUUUAGCCCAGGAUUUUUUCUGACCUGUAGCAUGAGUCCCUGCCAUGGAAUGGGUCAGGAUGUUGCAUAUGAGAAGAUUAAUGGGCCCCAUUUGCCUCCUUUCCCCUCUCCUUGGGCUAAAACCAAUUUAUAUGGAAAGAGCCAAACUCUGUGCAUCUGUAAUGCUGUGAUUGGUGUAAAGUCCUAGCUCAGAAUGUACCAAAAGGGGAUGGUGUGGCACCAUGACAGGCCCUGGGGUGACUCUGAGGCGUAGUUUGUGUUCUAACCAUGGUUCAAAAACAUCCUUUUCUCCAGGGUAAAGUUUUACCAAAAUACACAGAGAUUGGGUUUGCAGUCUGGUUGGGAAAUGGCAGCACAGCUUGCUUGGCCCUGAGGAUGCUGACAGGAGCUUUGGAUGCUGAAAGGACCCAAGAGGCCAAAAUAAAACUUCAGGCUCAUCCCCUAAGGUGCUAAGAGCCCAGUCCUGCAAAGAUGAGGCUGAAUCCUCCUUAAUCCUUAACCUGCUCCCCACCUUUUGCUUUCCCAUGGGACCUCGAGGUGGGGACAGAGCAUCUGCUGCUCCUCUGAACCCAUCAAACCCUUUUUCCUGCAAACAGGGAUUUUUGGGGAGUUUGCCAGGAAGGAAGGAACAGACCCAAGGGGCGACUCCAGCUCAUCCAGCCAGCUCCCAGUAAGCUCUGGACACCUUUUUCCACUUUUUAUCUUCAUUUUGGGAAUCCCAGAGGGGAAAGGGAAGGAGGAGGGGGUGGGUUUUUGGAGCCUUCUUCAAUAGGAGCUGCUCCUGGAAGAUGGUGAUGGAGCAAAGGGAAGGGAGGGGAAGAUGCUGCUUGGAUUUGGCCACAAUGUUGGCAGUUUUAGUUCAAUUCACACUUUCUGGUCAGAGCUAGAUGAGUUUCCCAUGCUAGGAAUAGGGCAGCAAUGUAUAUACACUGAGGUUUUCUCUUUCUGCUUCUCCAUGGGUGCAGGUUUUGUGCAGCUGAUCCCUUAGUUCUAACACUACACACCUUUUUCUGCAUCUUCCAGGUACUACAGUUCUUUAGUUUUUCAUUGACUUCCACAAAUCUCACCAGGAGAAAAAAAAA